AUGGAGCUUCCGCCAGCCAAGCGGCUGCGAACAGAGGGCCCUGACCAGAAGGCCGCGCUUGUUCAAAGGCUGCUGGUGGCGAAGGAGGCCAGCGGAAAGAGCUUCGAUGAGAUCGCCACCGGACUCGGACUAACAAACGCUUACACGGCGAACAUGUUCUUCAAUCAGGCACAGCUCAAGGGUCAUGCAGCCAAGAAGCUGAAGGAGCUGGUGCCCAAGAUAUCUGAUGAAGACCUUGCUACCAUGCAAAGGCCUCCGAUGCGGAGUUUUGAUCCAGCGAUCCUACAGGAGCCCAACGUAUAUCGCACAUACGAGGCGGUCACACACUAUGGUGAGGCGAUCAAGGCACUGAUCAACGAACAGUGUGGCGAUGGCAUUAUGAGCGCGAUCGACUUUUAUCUGGAUGUUGGCACGACAACUGGGAAGAAGGGCGAGAAGCGAGUUGUCAUCACGAUGAAUGGGAAGUUCCUGCCCCAUGUGGAGCAGAUCGCCUCCGACAACACC